GCCCGAAAUUAUUCGCUCACCAAGCUGGGUGCUGACCAACCAGCGAGGAAAUAGUUUUGAGUAUUCAAUUUUUCUGACCAGCUUGCUGUUGGGCCAGGGCUACAAUGCUUACGUCGCGAGUGGAUAUGCAUCGAGGGAGCAAACAACGUACGACAUGUCUGGAAAUCCUUGCCCGUACAUGCCAGAACCUGCGAAAAUAUCUCCAGAAUCCGAGACAGCAAGUGUGUCGAAAUAUCAGCUGAAACCGCCGGCGCAAUUCCAGAGUAAAUUGCUCCUGGAAAUCGAGGCGGCCCGGCUGAAAAAGUUGGAGCAAGAGGAGCAGGACAAACAAUUUGAGCAGCGGAAGUUAAUUAUGGAACGGGAACGCCUUCCAGCGGAUGAAUUCUGGGGGCAGAGGGUGCAUGCGUGGGUAGUAAUACUGCCCGACAAUCAAGCAGGUGGUGCUCGUCAUCAGGAAGUACUUGAGCCUUUUUUUAUAGAACCCUCGUCUGGGCAGCAUUACUCACUCGACAAUCACCAGACGAAUCUUUUGUACCAUGGGAUCGAGAGCCUCUGGAACGAUCGGAACUACUGGGUCAAUAUGCAGACCUGCGAGAAGGCCUGCGAGGAAAUCGACUGGAACUUGGCUGAUAAUUCGCUCUGGCUCAGUUUGUUGCCAAGCGAAACUAUCAAGGAGUUGGAGAUGGAGAUGAUUAAGCCAGAUGAGGAUUUUAGUGGACAUGUGGAUAAACAUUUGGAUAUGCCUACUUCUUAUGUUGAGCAAAUAGACAUUCAAUCGCUUGAUUAUGAGAGGCGUUUUCCAAACGGAAGAAAGACAAUGAUGUUCAAGAAGACAAAGGUUGAGCUCUUUGCUCCCUAUGUACAAAUGGACGGGCUCAUUGAAAAGAUAACGGUACACGAGGAUUACGAAUGUGAAAAGGCCACGCAUGUGUACGAAAAAUAUUCUAAGCGAGGCGAUAAACUUUUUCAGUCGACUUUUUUUGUUGGAAAGGGUAUUAAAAUUGAUUUGUACAAACGUGGACGGUCUGAUGCUGUCAAAGAGCAUCAUUAUUCAAUUGACGGUGAUUCAGUAACUGAUGAAAGAACCCUAGAAUUUUACGACGUAGUCCGGAGUGAUGGUUUAUCAAAAAUUCAAGUACAUCCUCAUUAUCUCACUCAGCAUUACCUCGGCCGAAAGGACCUCCUCUACUAUCGCAACGUCGAAUUUUCACUGAAAAAAACUACUAAUCAAAACACUUAUCAUCGUGAAGUUUCGUAUCAUUACAGGGAAGACGAUGUCACCAGAGCAACGCGAACCUUCAUAAAACCCUCAGAUCGUGGGGAUCGGUUGGUAUUUAACCCAGAGAUGACUUACGGAUACAAUCCAGAUCCACUAGCUCCGUUGGAGAAGUCGUUGGAUUUAUUUUAUUUACUUGAGACUCAAUUGAAAGAAGAAGAGCAGUCGCUUGUUUACGUUCAUGAGGCUGAGCGAUUGAUUAACACCUUUUUGACGCUCCGUAAGAGCGAGCAGGGCAUUCCAAAAUUAACCGUGUCGCAGUUUGAUCGCAAUAGAAAUGACGAGGCUAAAGCUGCGAUGUUUGCUCACGAAGAAACGCUGCGCGAACAAUCUGAGCGGCAAAUUGAAGAGGAGAUUGAUUAUUUACAACCUUAUUUAGCACGUAUUGGUAAUCCCGACAAAUUAACUAAGAAUCAAGCGUUUCAAGUACAACAAGAGUGCCUCAAUGAUUUUAAAGAAACUCUAGUGAACCGCGCUAAUAGAAUUUGGCGUAAAUUCCAAGUAAUCCGACUCAACUUUGAAGAAUUACAAAGUCAAUUAGCUCAAGCUGAUGAUUUAACCAAAGAAGAAAUAGACAGUCUCACUGAACGAGCGACUGAGGCUAAUUUUGAAAUGCACACACUCGACGUAAGAUUAAAAAGACACGUCGAAUUGUCUUCAACGCGGUAUCAAUCGAUGCUCAGCAAACUUAAUUCACAUCCGCGACUUUCUUCUCUUUCAGAACAAUAA